AUGUAUGACCUCGUACCUGAGAAAGCACCACUCAUGAGCUGGAUAAGGAUUUCAAUACAUCUGGACCCAAUCAUUCCCAAGCAGCAGCCAACAAUACUCACUCUCAGUAUGACCAUGACACAGAAUAUCGUGGAUUCAAAGCCUUCGAACGGCUCAAAGUCGAUCAACCACGAAGAGCAUCAAUAUCUUGAUCUUGUCCGAGAAAUCCUUGAAAACGGCGAGCGUCGACCGGACCGCACCGGCACUGGUACAUACUCCAUCUUCGCUCCUCGGCCCCUGAAAUUCUCACUGAACAAGAACGGAAUUCCCGUUCUUCCUCUCCUUACUACAAAGCGUGUCUUCACCCGAGCAGUCAUUGCCGAGCUCUUGUGGUUCAUCGAAGGCAACACUUCCUCUAACAGCCUCAGUGAAGCUGGCAUCAAGAUCUGGGAUGGCAAUGGAUCUCGCGAAUUUCUUGACAACCUCGGCCUCAAUCAUCGUGAGAUCGGCGAUCUCGGCCCCGUGUAUGGCUUCCAAUGGCGACACUUUGGUGCCGAAUAUAUUGAUGCCAAGACGGAUUACACAGGUCAGGGUGUAGACCAGCUUGCCGAGAUCAUCCACAAACUACGAACUAACCCUUAUGACCGCCGCCUGGUUCUUUCUGCCUGGAACCCUGCCGAUAUGAAGAAGAUGGUUCUGCCACCUUGCCACAUGUUCGCGCAGUUCUACGUCUCCUAUCCUCGGAGCAAGGAUGAUGACUCAGAAACUAAGCCUCAGGGCCAUCUUCAUUGUCAGCUUUAUCAAAGGUCUUGCGAUAUGGGUUUGGGCGUUCCCUUCAACAUUGCCAGCUACGCGCUGUUAACUCACAUGCUUGCCCAUGUUUGUGAACUAGUUCCUGGAAGCCUUACUCAUGUCAUGGGUGACGCUCAUGUGUACCUCGACCACGUUGACGCCCUCAACACUCAAUUAGAGCGUGAGCCACGAAACUUCCCCGAGUUGGAAAUUUCACGAGAAAAGGGCGGAAGUAUUGACGGAUGGAGAGCGGAAGAUUUCACCAUUAAGGGCUACGACCCUCAUAAGACAAUUGCGAUGAAAAUGUCUGUAUGA